UCUCGCAUCCAGCACCAGGAGGCUAAUGGGAUAUUACACGACAGAGUAAAGACGCUUUGAAAAGACUUUCCAGACAAAUUAGGAGAGACUGUGAAGUGGGUCAGCCAUGGUCGCGACCACGACGAGUGACAACAGCCGUGACGGCCCGGACAGUGACGCAAAGCAGCCUCAGAGCACCGCGACAACGGAAUACUGCGCCAAGUUGCAGCAGUGGAUGUGGCAGUAUUACUGGGGGUAUGCCAGCUGGCAGAGCUGGUUGGCUCUGUCUGCCUUCCCCUUCCCUCCACCGUGCAGCUUCCCUCCCUCGGGCACAAGCGCUCACACACCGGGUCCACCCGCAUCGGCCUCCGGCGGUGGGCAGCAGGCUUUUGACACGCAAAACUGGUACAGUUACCCAUACCCCCUCAGCUUCCCCGCAUCCCACCCUCAUCCAGGUGGCGCCCACACGGAGCAGACCUCAGAUGCCCGGCGGCCAGCCCAGCAGCAGAAUGGGAAUCCACCUCAGGCAGGACGGGAGUACACCAUCCCCUCUCCUCUCCAGAGGUUCCUCGCUGAGACAGUGGACUUCUUUAUCCUGUUUUGUGUGAAGGCCACCAUCGUGCUGUGGAUCAUGCAUCUGAGUGGUAUGAAGGACAUUGCUAAAUUCAUCACCCACUUCAUCGUGGAGGAGAUUGAUGAGAACACAUCCAUGGAGGACCUGCAGAAGAUGAUGGCUGUAGCUCUGGUCUACAGGGUGCUGGUGUGCGUCUAUGAGACCAUCUGUAUUUGGGGUGCUGGUGGUGCCACACCAGGGAAGUUCCUGCUCGGCCUGCGAGUGGUGACGUGUGACACAUCCACUCUGGUCCAACCCAACCGAGUACUUGUAGUCCCAGCAUCUAAUGUUUCCUUCUCUGCCUCUGCAGUGCGGGCACUUAAUAAGAACUUCUCUAUCGCCUUCCUCUUUCCUGUCUUCAUCACUCUGCUCUUCUUCCAGCACAACAGGACUGUGUAUGACAUUGUGGCGGGGACCAUUGUUGUCCAGCGCAGAGGAGGCAGAUAGCCUCUCCUCUCCUCCUGACAGACAAAGAGCUGCAGGCCCAUGUGUGCUGAAUGUCUUAAAUUUAAACCAGCCACAUGUGAACUAACAUUGUAAAAAGAAAGGCAUCGACCCAGUUUGGCACUGGAUCAAUCAAGAUCUUAAACUGCACUUUAGAAGUGGAUGCAUACUGGUUUAGGCCUGUUUUUGUGGAAUCAGAAGAAUCCAGCUUUACAUCUUUUAAUGUGCUUUUCUGAAACUCACUGAAUCAACAAAUAAGCUGUCAGGAAACCAUCUAAAGUAUUGUGAUUUUUGAUAACACAAAGUAUAUUCAGCAAAAAAGGUGCUCUCUACUGUAAGGGCUUUAAAGCAAGAUUAAACAUUAUGUUCUUAGAGAAGCAUUUUCUUUAUGCAUUUUUCUUCUCUUCAAGGUAAUAACGGUGAAUCAGAUGUUUGGUUUGCUAAUGAACUUUUACGUUUACAUUGUGAUUAUUCUUAAGCACUCAGACUGCAGAAAAACAAUGCCAGCCUUAUUUGUAAUCCUUUCUUUGUGCCUAUGGAUAUUUUAAUGAAGGAGUAUUAUUUUGUUAUUUAAAAUGUAAUGAUAACUUUUUUCCCCAGUGAAUGCUUGUGUAUGUUAAGCCCCUGCUCAUGUUUUCUAUCUUCAGACCUGUAAUUGUUGUGACUCAGGGCAACUGUUUUGCAUGACAGAACCACUGAUUGUCUGAACAGCGUUAUUGAAUGCCGCUGCUCAUGUCAGAUUUCUGCUUAUGCACAAUGUAAAACAGCCCAGUCGUCAGAAGGAAAUGUUCGUAUUGUGCAUUUCUGCAAACCACAGAUAUGUUACAUUUGUACAUUUCGUACAUAUAAUCUCAAUGUCUCCAAACUGACAUAGUUCUUAAUAUAUGGGCUGACCAGACCAUGGCGUGACACUUUAGUGCCAAGCUGCAGACCACUGUUCAAGACCAACAAACAACAAUAGCGGGUGGGUUUUUUUGUGGCAUUUCCA